AUGACGACAAAGUUGUUGCCGAUACAGACGCCGUUCUCAUUGGCCCCCAUCUCGGCUCCCCACGCCCACGCGGGUUUGCUGAGCACUGCUCCAUACGUGUGGGAGACCUGGUCCACCUCGAUAAAUCUAACAAGGGCAUGGAGCAGCCACCGUAAGAGACAUGUCACGUCUUCACAUUCAGGUCUUAGCCACCGUAAGAGACAUGUCACGUCUUCACAUUCAGGUCUUAGCCACCGUAAGAGACAUGUCACGUCUUCACAUUCAGGUCUUAGCCACCGUAAGAGACAUGUCACUUCUUCACAUUCAGGUCUUAGCCACCGUAAGAGACAUGUCACUUCUUCACAUUCAGGUCUUAGCCACCGUAAGAGACAUGUCACUUCUUCACAUUCAGGUCUUAGCCAGCGUAAGAGACAUGCAACUUCUUCACAUUCAGGUCUUAGCCACCGUAAGAGACAUGUCACGUCUUCACAUUCAGGUCUUAGCCACCGUAAGAGACAUGUCACUUCUUCACAUUCAGGUCUUAGCCACCGUAAGAGACAUGUCACUUCUUCACAUUCAGGUCUUAGCCAGCGUAAGAGACAUGCAACUUCUUCACAUUCAGGUCUUAGCCAGCGUAAGAGACAUGUCACUUCUUCACAUUCAGGUCUUAGCCAGCGUAAGAGACAUGCAACUUCUUCACAUUCAGGUCUUAGCCAGCAUAAGAGACAUGUCACGUCUACACAUGCAGGUCUUAGCCACCGUAAGAGACAUGUCACUUCUACACAUGCAGGUCUUAGCCAGCAUAAGAGACAUGUCACUUCUACACAUUCAGGUCUUAGCCAACAUAAGAGACAUGCCAUUUCUACACAUGCAGGUCUUAGCCAGCAUAAGAGACAUGUCACUUCUACACAUUCAGGUCUUAGCCAACAUAAGAGACAUGCCACUUCUUCACAUUCAGGUCUUAGCCAACAUAAGAGACAUGUCACUUCUACACAUGCAGGUCUUAGCCAACAUAAGAGACAUGUCACUUCUUCACAUUCAGGUCUUAGCCAACAUAAGAGACAUGCCACUUCUUCACAUUCAGGUCUUAGCCAACAUAAGAGACAUGCCACUUCUACACAUGCAGGUCUUAGCCAGCAUAAGAGACAUGUCACGUCUACACAUGCAGGUCUUAGCCACCGUAAGAGACAUGUCACUUCUUCACAUUCAGGUCUUAGCCAGCGUAAGAGACAUGUCACUUCUUCACAUUCAGGUCUUAGCCAGCGUAAGAGACAUGCAACUUCUUCACAUUCAGGUCUUAGCCAGCGUAAGAGACAUGCAACUUCUUCACAUUCAGGUCUUAGCCACCGUAAGAGACAUGUCACUUCUUCACAUUCAGGUCUUAGCCACCGUAAGAGACAUGUCAUUUCUUCACAUUCAGGUCUUAGCCAGCGUAAGAGACAUGUCACUUCUACACAUUCAGGUCUUAGCCACCGUAAGAGACAUGUCAUUUCUUCACAUUCAGGUCUUAGCCAGCGUAAGAGACAUGUCACUUCUUCACAUUCAGGUCUUAGCCAGCGUAAGAGACAUGUCACUUCUUCACAUUCAGGUCUUAGCCAGCGUAAGAGACAUGUCACUUCUUCACAUUCAGGUUUUAGCCAGCAUAAGAGACAUGUCAUUUCUUCACAUUCAGGCCUUAGCCAGCGUAAGAGGCAUGCCACUGCGUGGGAGGGAGUGUCAGACACAUAUGGCAUGUUGAGAGCACUAUCUCCACUGGGGAUUCUUCUCAUCUCCGUAGACCUUCGGGACACCUACGGGCACGUUUCUGUCCAUCCAACAGAAGGAACAGCUAGAGGACAAUUAAAAUGCUUAUGA